AUGAAAGGUACAGCAAACGAGCAGUCAUAGAAAUAGACUGAAUAGACUGGGUUGAGAGGCAGUUCAUCACUGAGAAUCAUUGAGAACUCCAGAGAAUUAGACAAUAGAAUACUACAGUAUGUGGACACGUGGACACAUUGAAACAUCUUCCACUAAAGUCAUGUUGUCAUUGUGUCUGUAGGGAAGUGCCCGAGCCCCCUGAAGAACAGGGACUUCGUCACCAUGAGGUCAUGGCUUCCUCUGGGCAACGACUACCUGAUCAUCAACUACUCUGUCAAACACCCGGUAUGUACCUUUAUCUACACACAGUGUUGGUUGGCUCGGAAUAUUAUCAGCCGUCACAACGGACGAGUGGCUGGUCAUCUUUUUCGUACAAGUAGGAUUACUCUUGUGCUACAGCACCCAAAGAUGAUUUUACUUAUCUAAAGUUGAGCAUGUCUUAUAGUGAAAUUUGUACAAUAGAUAGAUGCCAUUAGCACUGCCUGCCAGAGGUCAACAUCCCUACAUGCCUCUGUUGUGACUUAUCACAGAAGUCCGGGUUGUGAAAAUUUUUUUUUUAAAAGAAAAAAAAGUCUAAAUAUAAUGUGAACAGCUGACUGGUUUAAUUUGUUAUGGUAAUUCAUUCGUGAAUAAUACUUUCAUUUGAUCGGUCUUAUUCCAGCAAUAUCCACCCAGAAAGGACUACGUGAGAGCGGUGUCGCUGCUGACAGGCUACCUGAUUCAGUCCAACGGAGCAAACUCCUCCACUCUCUAUUACCUAACGCAGGUCGAUCCCAAAGGUAAACCUUUUCACUGGUUAUAUACAGUACUGAGCAUCUUAAAUGAUUUAAAUAACAUCGUGUUUUGGUUGUUUACAGUACAGCUCUAUGCUGGUCAACACUGGAUAUGGAUACAGUGCAUCGUUGUCAUUGAGUGCUACGAGAACCCUGCUGUUUGUGUACGUAACAGCAUUAAUGUUAGCUGAAACUCCCCUCGCUUCACUCCACUGAGAGAGUCCUGUUGAAAUAUCUCUGUGUACACAGACAUAGGUCCUAGGAAGGAAUCAGACAAAGAUCAAACGCAAAAAGAUGAUGUUACAUAAGUCACUUUUUGAACCCUACUAGGCUGAUGAUAUGACCUGCGGAGUAUCCUUCCUAUCCAAGAUAUUGAAGGUGCUUUUAACGACUGUGCUCUAAAGAUGGGCAUUUUUGACCGAAAGCGUAGCCAUUAAAAUACUGACAUUGCAUCUGAUUGAAGUGUGGAGAGACCAUUUCACUACAGUAUAUAUCUUCUCUUGCACCUUUUCUAAACCUAAAGGCGGGGUGCAGCAGAUCACCACAUUGUCUAAAACUACUACGUGUGUUCCAUUGUAAUUUAACAACUGUUUUCAUCAUUGGACCUAGCUUUUGUAUUUUUAAUGUCCUAGUGCUACUAAUUAACUACGCAUAAAAUUGUUUGAGUGAGUGAUGCAUCGUUCUUGUGCUAUGUUGUGAUAUGUCUGUUGUUCCUUGUGUGGGAGCGUGGGUUCGAUGGCCGGCUGGACCAGUUAACCACACUGAGAAGCAUGUGUUUGUCGUGCUGAUGUCUGUUUGUUGUGCUGUGCGAGCUUAGGCGUGUUUGUAAUAAUUCGUGUGUGUGUCAUGCUGUGGUGUGGUGGUGUGUAGUGUGUGAGUCUGUGUGUGGUAUGUGUGUGUGUGUGUGUGUGUGGUGUGUGUGGGUGCUGUAAAGUCAUAGUGGUGUUUUUGUAUGUGUACUGUUACGUGUCAGUGUUGAGGAUAUGUGUAUGUGUAUGUGUGUGUUGUGGUGUGUGUGUGUGUGUGUGUUUGUGUGUGUGUUGUGUGUGUGUGUGCGCGUUGCUGUAAAACUCAUACAGCUGGCACACUAUCAUCACACUUCUGUACUGUAUACUGUCCUUACUGUAAACCAGGGGUCCUGCAGGAACUAUAUCUACUGUAUACUGUCCUUACUGUAAACCAGGGGUCCUGCAGGAACUAUAUCUACUGUAUACUGUCCUUACUGUAAACCAGGGGUCAUGCAGGAACUAUGUCAACAGGAAGCAGUGUGUUUUAUUAAAGAGAGAACACAUUUCUCAGUAUUGUAUUUGCUAUCAUAGGCCUGCCUGCAAUAAAUACUUUAUGAGUAUUGUAUUGGUGUUAAACUUUCAUGUUUUUGUCUGGACUGCAGGCUCCCUUCCAAAGUGGGUGGUGAAUAGAGUGUCUCAGUUCGUAGCACCAAAGGUAAUAUUAUAAUAUCAUUAUAAUAAUCGGUCCUGUCUUAGAAAUGUAGUAUCUCGAGAACUAGAGAGAGUGUGACUUAACAAAGCACAGGGGGCAACCUGUAUUUUCCGUCUCUGGUUUGGGAGAGAGAAAUUAUUGUGUACCUCUGCCUCCACCUAGUGGUUUCAGGAAGUACAUGCAUUUCCCAAAGAUGUUUUUGAUUGUUUUGAUUCCAAAAUCACUAUCAAGGAUACCAUGAAAAGUGUUAUUACCAUGGCGAUAGCUGUUUAUUACACAUUUAUUAACUAUUUAUAAACAAAUAAUUUACAGUGUAUUGCUUACUUAUAAAACCCUUCAAAACAUGUCUCAAGGCUUACCCGAGAGGCGCUUAGCUAACACAUCCAUUUAGAAUCUGAAUAUCUGUGCUCCCCCCCCCAGGCCAUGAAGAAGAUCUUCAAGGCCUGUCAGAAGUAUCCAGAGUGGAAGAGGAAGCACAACCCUAACCUGAAGCCCUGGAUGUAUCCUGAGCAGAACACCUUACCGUGUAUAAACGUGGCUGACCUCGUACUGCAGAGAGCUGACUCACUGGAGAACAUCGACGAGAGCAGCCUGACAGAGGAGAAACGAGCUCAACAUCACAGUGACGAUGAAGAGACCUAGGCUAACUCGGAGUGAAAAGACUGUUUUUUUAUAGAAUUGUGAGGCUGUGUUUAAAAUGACACCCUAUUUCCCUAUUUAGUGUAUUACUUUUGUGCAGGGCCCGUAAGGCUGUGGUCAAAAGUAGUGCACUAUUUAGGAAAUAGGGGGUGCAAUUUCCGACAGACCCUCUGCGUUGAGUUUGGUGUGUGUCUUUGCAUGUGUGUGAGAGUGUGUGUGUACAGUACAAAUAAUAUACAUGUAUGAUUUACUAUCAUUUUGAUCUGCAAAUUUGUCUUGUUGCAUUUAGUCGUAAUUUAUCUAUAACUUUUUGAGUCAGAGGGGUUUGACAGGGUAUUUUCAUAUAGCACAACAAAUUGGGAAAGAAAUAUGAUUAUUCUUCCAAAAAUAGACAAUGUAUUUACGGUGCUAUUCUUCAAUUCAAUGGUAUAAUAUCUAAUUGAUUAUAAUAAUAGUGUAAAACUUGUGUCUAUUUCAUAACUAAUUUAAAGACCCUAACAUGUUUUUUUUCUCCAUAUUCAUGUUUGAUUUGACUAAGUUUUCAUUUGAAGUGAGAUACAAUAGCCGUUAACAAUACAGUCACCUUAUCAUUCAGCCUACUACAGUAUAUUUCCAGGUCUCUAGUGCCUCCCAGUGGCAGUAAAACGUCAUAACAUUUCAUCAUCCCCCAGUGUUCCGGAAGCCAUGAGCGGUUAGAACAUUGGAAUGUUGUCAGUUUGUUAGGAAGUGAAUUAGCAUAAUGCACCAAGACAAGUGUGCUUUUGUACAGUGAUUGGCCCACUGAGGCUCCUAAUGACAGUCACAGGGGAGGAGAGAUGGAGAGAUGGCAGCAUAACAACACCUGAGGGAAUUCAAGCUCCUCUCUGGAAUCAUUAUAAUCAGUCAUAAUCUGUUAUAGCUUGUUAUAACCUUAGGGGUCAUGAAGCAUGUUUAGCUGUUAAAAGGUCAUUACUUCAGUUAUACUGUCACGUUCGUUCAUCGACGGGUCAGACCAAGGCGCAGCGUGAUAUGCAUACAUGUUUAUUUGACUUAUAAGCACAACGACAAAACAAGAAACGACAAGUCCAAGGUACACAAACAACAUACCUUCAACACGGAACAAGAUCCCACAACCCACUAGUGCCAACAGGCUGCCUAAGUAUGGUCCCCAAUCAGAGACAACGAGCGACAGCUGCCUCUGAUUGGGAACCACACCGGCCAACAUAGAUCUAGACAAACUAGAACCUAUAACAUAGAACAACACAACAUAGAAUAUACACACCCUGACUCAACAUAUAAGCGUCCCCUGAGUCAGGGCGUGACAUAUACUUUGGUCUUGCCUGUCCUGACUGAAUAUCAAAGAUUUUGUCUUUAUUAAUUAAAAAAUGUAUUAUUAGGCAUGUGGUUUCAUUUAAUUCUAACUGUCUUUUUGUAAGAUUUUCUGACAUGUUUCCAAAAUGGAGAGGCAUCAUGUUCAAUUCAACACACAUGUUAAAUAAAGAGAAGUUGUGUCCUGAUUUUAAGACCUUCGCGGCUGAUGUUCUUGAUUCCUAAUCGUAAUUUCUAAGUACAAAUUCCAAUUUUGACCGCAAUGUUUGUUUUUCUCUGUCGAUAAGGAACAUUUAUGGAUGACUGUAUCCUUUUUCAAACUUAAAAAUGUAGCUGGGGGCCAAUCCUCAGAAUCUGUAUUGUGUCAGGCACUUCCGGAUUCCCCAAGGCCACUUCCUGUCCCACUUCCUGUCCGCGUCAGUCAGAUUGUUUUUGAGGGAAAGGAAACGCCACUGUUGUCUAGAUUUCUCACACGACACAAAAGCUUCUCGUUGCUUUUAGAACUCACAGUUCAUUGCUUUGUCUAGUAUAAAACGUCUUCCAUUUUGAGUGAUCUUUGAGAAUUAAAGUGUGUGAUGUUAUUGUAUUGUGUGCACUCAUGAUCUCCAAAGAUCAACCAUAUAUUAUCCAUAAUCUGAGUUGCCUUUGAUUUUUGAAUAACAAUGUGUGUGAUUCAUGAUGCCCCUGGAACUUCAACUAAUGUGAAAAUGUGUAAUAUACAUGUGUGUGUAUGUGUGUCAGGAAAAUCCAGGACCACAUCUUGGUUACACCUCAACAGCCACAUUUUUGUAGCUAUUUCAAAUUCUUAUCUCUCAUUGGGUUGAAGCCCACAUCACGUGGUCUAUUGUAUCAAGUAGGCCUAUUGAAGCCCACAUCACGUGGUCUAUUGAAGCACACAUUACAUUACUUUUCCCACCAUGCACCUAACCUAACUAACACUAAACCGUAGGCUACGUAUUGCACAUACUGUGUAGUAUUUUUUGGUUAUUUUGUAGGCAAUAGGGAAUGUUUUUAAAAUAAGUGCAUGGGGCCCCCACACAGUAUAAUUAAAUGACCUGAUUGCAAGGUGUCCAUUCUUCAGCAUUAGGCCUAUUCCGAAAGUAAAAUAAGAAAACAAAUCUUACUUUUCUUGCAAAGGCAACGUAGUGCAGUCAAAAGAUUGAUGUGCAACUUUCAAAUUGAGGCUGAGUUUGUUGAACAGAAGAAUGUCGGCUAAACUCCACCGCCGCCCUCCCCUUUAAUUAAGAUCUCGUUGAUACUUUGCGGAGUAAACUAACCAUUGCAACAAAGUUGCGGACAGGGAUGGUGUUUCCUCUUCUUCUCCCGUCACAACUGAAAAACCGAGGGAUUCAAGCGUUUAAUGUUCCAUUGGGAUAACAACCACGCACAUCGAAACACAGCAAAAGGUAAUGCAUGAUUGUCAGAAUAUUUAGACUAAUAGGUUCGAAUGUUUCAGUGACCGUCUCGGAUCUCGCACUGUGACUGGGCGAUAUCCUGCAGCAUGAGAUUGUGAUGGAGCGCACUUCUUCAAUACAUAUAUAUUUUUUGCUAUAUGCCUAAUAAUGAUUUAAAUUAUCAUUAUUAUUGAUCAAUAUUGUCGUUUUCACUGUAACUGGGUGAAUAAUGACAGCAUUCCACUAUAUGUUACUUGUAGAGUUCUGUGUAGUCCUACCGCAGAAUAAUGAAAUAGAUUGUGUGUAAUAAUUUAUUUGACUAUUUUAAAUAAAAUUAUAUAUGACCAUUAUACUAUCACCUCUGUUUUGCUGUAGGCUAUGGGUUUACAGACCCACCCCAUUGUAGAUUUGCUAGGGUCAUCUCCCACCCUCCUCUUCGUCUUGAGUGGGUUUUGGGAUCUCGGAAUCUGUCUGUUGUGGAGUUUCACAGCCGAAACCUGAUUGAAUCAAGAACAGCCUUGACGAGCUAUUCAGUAAGUUAUUUGUUAGACAAUGCAGCAGUAUCAGCAGAACACGGAGAGACCUAAGAAGUUUAAAAUAAUCACUGGAAUUUCUCAUUUAAAAUACUUCCCCAAUUUUAGCUCUGUUUUUUUGGGAUUGUGGCGAGUGAGAUUAUUCAUUUAAAUCAAAUGUCAUGAAUGGCUGAAUGUUAUGUUGUUCAGUGCGUCUUGUAACAUGGCCCAGAUGAUAGUUCCUCUAUAACCCUACUGCAUGAAGUGUCUCAGAGCCGCUUGGGUCAGUCUUUGGUUGUUAGAUGUUUUGUGUGACGCACAACGUUACACUGACCAGAAUCGUUGACCUUCAGAGGCCUCUCUAUCUGUCUAUAGAUGGACACUACAGGCAUCGUUAUCUGUGACCCUGUUUUAGGUUUAAAUGUGACGCAGUAUAAUGCAGCAUAGAUUUGUAAUGGAGUUUCACAUGUAAUUUAGACUACGUAUCAAUAGAGAACUAGCUCCAAUGACAUUUUACUAUUCAACAAGUUUCCAAUCCCAAAGAUGACUUAGAUACUCCUGAGUUAACAUUACAUUCACUUUUGAUUUCCUGUUCUGUUUUCCUGCUCUCAAAUAUCAGAUGUGUCACAACAAGAAAUUAUUUCCAGUGGACUGUGAGAACUUAAAGAGAGUUUAGCAGGAUAUCAGUCAUUACUGUUGUCCAAAAUCCAAACGAAACACGGACAGCCUAUUUACAUGUGUUGUGUUUCAGUGAUGUCAGGUGCAUUGUGUUAUCAGCCAUAAUGUUUAAACAGUGAUUCAUAAUAACACCCGUGUUGCUGUGGUUAUUACCCUCAUCUUGAGGAUGGUUUCAACAACUCAUUUGGGAAGGACACACACACACACAGCUAUGUCUUACUAUACUCGUGAGGACUGUUUGGGGAGCAACAAUUGAUUCCCCUUCAAAAUCCUAUUUUCCAUAACAUUAACCCCUAAAUCUAAAUCUAAACCUAACCCCUAAGUCAAAAAUAGCUUUUUACAAGUGAGGACUGACAAAAUGUCCUCCCUUCACUGAAUAUUAGUUGGUUUGCUAUUCUUGUGAGGACUUCUGGUACACACAGGUAUAGUAAAACGUGCACACACACACACACACCACACACACACACACACACCAUUUUAUUGGUAAGUGCAUAGAACCUCAAGCUUGCCCUCUGCAUACUGUAGUCCAACCACUUCUUCUGUUUGUGCUGCAGGAACAGGCAGAAACAGCUUCCUAUUUCAGUUAAGACUCAUUUGGUAGGCCAUGGCAUUUCCAUCUAGAAGGACCCAUGAGCACCAACAUGUUAAGUUCAUAGGAGCAUGUCAAAUUAGUCUAUAUAUUUGAAAAAUUAAGGCAUACAGUGGCUUGCGAAAGUAUUCACCCCACCUUGGCAUUUUUCCUAUUUUGUUGCCUUACAACCUGGAAUUAAAAUUUAUUUUUUGGGGGGGGUUGUAUCAUUUGACUUACACAACAUGCCUAGGGGGGUGACUUACACAACAUGCCUACUACUUUGAUGAUGCAAAAUGUUUUUUCUUGUGAAACAAACAAGAAAUAAGACAAAAAAACAGAACUUGAGCAUGCAUAACUAUUCACCCCCCCCCCCCCCCCCCCCCCCCCCCCCCCCAAAGUCAAUACUUUGUAGAGCCACCUUUUGCAGCAAUUACAGCUGCAAGUCUCUUGGGGUAUGUCUCUAUAAGCUUGGCACAUCUAGCCACUGGGAUUUUUGCCCAUUCUUCAAGGCAAAACUGCUCCAGCUCCUUCAAGUUGGAUGGGUUCCGCUGGUGUACAGCAAUCUUUAAGUCAUACCACAGAUUCUCAAUUGGAUUGAGGUCUGGGCUUUGACUAGGCCAUUCCAAGACAUUUAAAUGUUUCCCCUUAAACCACUCGAGUGUUGCUUUAGCAGUAUGCUUAGGGUCAUUGUCCUGCUGGAAGGUGAACCUCCGUCCCAGUCUCAAAUCUCUGGAAGACAAACAGGUUUCCCUCAAGAAUUUCCCUGUAUUUAGCGCCAUCCAUCAUUCCUUCGAUUCUGACCAGUUUCCCAGUCCCUGCCGAUGGAAAAACAUGGAUGGUGUUCUCGGGGUGAUGAGAGGUGUUGGGUUUGCGCCAGACAUAGCGUUUUUCCUUGAUGGCCAAAAAGCUAAAUUUUUGUCUCACCUGACCAGAGUACCUUCUUCCAUAUGUUUGGGGAGUCUCCCACAUGCCUUUUGGCGAACACCAAAUGUGUUUGCUGAUUUCUUUCUUUAAGCAAUGUCUUUUUUCUAGCCACUCUUCCGUAAAGCCCAGCUCUGUGGAGUGUACGGCUUAAAGUGGUCCUAUGGACAGAUACUCCAAUCUCCGCUGUGGAGCUUUGCAGCUCCUUCAGGGUUAUCUUUGGUCUCUUUGUUGCCUCUCUGAUUAAUGCCCUCCUUGCCUGGUCUGUGAGUUUUGGUGGGCGGCCCUCUCUUGGCAGGUUUGUUGUGGUGCCAUGUUCUUUCCAUUUUUUAAUAAUGGAUUUAAUGGUGCUCCGUGGGAUGUUCAAAGUUUCAGAUAUUUUUUUAUAACCCAACCCUGAUCUGUACUUCUCCACAACUUUGUCCCUGACCUGUUUGGAGAGCUCCUUGGUCUUCAUGGUGACGCUUGCUUGGUGGUGCCGCUUGCUUAGUGGUGUUGCAGACUCUGGGGGCCUUUCAGAACAGGUGUAUAUAUACUGAGAUCAUGUGACACUUAGAUUGCACACAGGUGGACUUUAUUUAACAAAUUAUGUGACUUCUGAAGGUAAUUGGUUGCACCAGAUCUUAUUUCGGGGCUUCAUAGCAAAGGGGGUGAAUACAUAUGCACACACCACUUUUCCAUUAUUUGGUAAUUUUUUUCAUUUAAAACUUCACCAAUUUUGACUAUUCUGUGUAUGUCCAUUACAUGAAAUCCAAAUAAAAAUCAAUUUAAAUUACAGGUUGCAAUGCAACAAAAUAGGAAAAACGCCAAGGGGGAUGAAUACUUUUGCAAGGCACUGUAGAUACCCCCACUCUAUCCCCUCCAUGAUCCUACUUUUACACUCUGUCUGAACAUGUUCAGCUCAUUACUGUUUUCUUUGUCUUUCUGUCCUCUGGUGGUCAACCCCUCCCUCUCCCCCUCUCUCUGCCGCUCUCUCUCUCCAUCCUCUCUCUCCCUCCACUCUCUCUCCGACCACACUCUCACUCCUCUCUCUCUCACCUCUCGCUCUCUCUCUCUCUCUCUCUCUCUCUCUCUCUGUCUCUCCCUCCCCAGUUAAUGUCACCACUUCUGGCUCUUACUGA